AUACGGGGGAUCUGUAUCUGUGGUUCUGUACGCACACGUGUGUACUUACAUUGCCACGUAAUUUUGCAAUUUAGUUCAAUUCCAAUCUAGCAACACAUUUAUAUAAAUAAACAAACGCCCAACGCUCGCGUUAUAGACAAGUGCAUUAGGAUUCACUCAUUCGGUCACUUGUAUUCAGAUAUGUAUUAUUAUUCUAAUUUGCAAAUUAUUAUUAUUACUACUUGAAACUUCGUCGGUUCACGGGGCCGACCAAUCUGGCGGGCCCUCUAACGAGCACCCCGGGCCUCGCCAAUCGCCGUCCACCCCCUCCCCGCGAGCACCCGGGGCAGCCCGACGCUCUCGCAGGGAGGGGUGGUGGUGGUGGUGGUUGGGGGUGGUGGCCGGGAUUCGUAACACAACAGAAUGACUUGAAAGUAAAAGAGCUGCGCAAACUCGUGGGGCUCCUGCGAGAGGUGUGCGAGAGGGAGCGAAGCGAUCGAGAGAGAGAGACACACACACACACAGGGAGAGAACGAGGGAGAGAUACACACACACACAGACAGGCACACGCACACGCACGCGCGCGCGCGCGCACGUUCACCACUGCGCUGGGCGCAUCCAAGGAAUGAAAAAAACUUUGCGCGGUUCAAGAGAGCGCAACAGAAUGUAGCGAUCGCAGUCAUCAUCGAUCGAUACUGUCGACUUCGUGAGCAUUGUUUUCGUCGCCGACUCGACCAUCAUCAACAACAACAGCAUCGUCACCGACAUCGUUAGAAGUAGCAGCAUCUACAUCGUCUUCAACGUGCUGGACCAUGGACGGCCGGCCUGACCUACAAACUCCGGUGUCGGCCGCCGCCGCAGCAGCCGCUGCCGCCGCUGCCGGGCUGCCUUUGUCUCUCCUGAGCCGAGGCCCGCCGCACAGCCUCCUGCUGAGAGCCGCUGACAAGUACCAGCGCACGCCAAAGUGCGCGCGAUGCCGCAACCACGGCGUCGUGUCGGCCCUGAAGGGCCACAAGCGCUACUGCCGCUGGAGGGACUGCCUCUGCGCGAAGUGCACCCUCAUCGCAGAGCGGCAGCGCGUGAUGGCCGCGCAGGUGGCCCUCAGGCGUCAGCAGGCGCAGGAGGAGAGCGAGGUGCGAGAGUUGCAGCUCUUCUACGGGCCCGCCGAGGGGCUGGCCAUAGCGGCCGCGAACGGCAUUCUGGCACCGAGGCCCGCGUACGAGCUGUUCGGGCAGCAGCAGCAGCAGCAACAGCAGCAGCAGCAGCAGCAGGAUGGAGGGGUGUUGGAGCCAGGUGAGUGUGUGCGGAGAGUUCAGGGAUCUGUGUUUCAGUUCCGCUUUGGAGUCAGAGGCAUUGCCGGCAUAAGGCACUACAACGAGAGUGCACAUCGCGCCUGUCUGUGACAACGCCGUACGUUUUGUAUUUAGAUGUAUAACAUCGUACACGAUAAUCCUAGAAGCAUAUUUUAUGUUUGUUGAACUUCUUUCGCACCCUACGUAGCCAACUGCGCUACGGGGUGGGGGGGGGGGACAGCAAACUAAACACGCCAAUUCACGAUGGGUGUGACGCACCAACAGUAAUCGGAGAGUUCCAGAGCAACGUUGCGAACUCUAACGCGAUGCCAUCGCUCUUAUGAAGUUGGUCAGUCAGUUCGCGAGCCUCUCUCUGUGUCACUGGGAGUUGGGAUGGUGGUACAACGACUGUCAAGAAGACGACACAACGCGAAUGAAACUUCAACAAAGAGUCGACCUCGCUAUUGGCUGCAGGGGAAAAAAAAAUCUUGAUUUGAAGCUUUCGUGACUGCAGGAAAUCCACACUCCUUGGUUCUUUCGGUA